AUGCAAGAACAAUGGCGAGUCUUUAGCCCGAUCAGGAGCAGCAAUGGGCACCUCGCUGGAUCAGAAGCACAGCGGACACUCUGCCGGAUCCGGAGGGGUGGAAGUCAGCAGCAGGUGUGCAACGGCAGCAAACAGCAGUGGUGGAUGCCGCCAGGCCCUGCCUUUACUUGCAGCUGGCCUUCCAUUCUAGACCCCGACCUCCUGGGGCAGGGAAGGCAGGCAGACUGCAAGCAGCCACCCCGCCCAGCUCGCCCUGCCCGCCCUGCCCGCCAGGGAGCUGAAGGGUCCACCCCUCCCGCCAUCCACCCCCGACGCCGACUCCGAGGCGCACAAACGGGGGGCGGUGCGGCGACCCGUUCGCUGUGGCGGCGGCACCCUCAGGCCCUCCUGCGAGAAGGCGGCGGCAGCGGCUGCGGCUGCAGCAGCAGCGCAAAGGCAGGCGAAACCUGUCCUGAGGCUGAGUGGCAGGCCGGGGCGGGAACGACUGCAUGUGGGGCUGCACUGGAGGAAGGCGGAGGCGUUCAGAGAGCUUGGGCUUUUUUACGAUCAUCAUCAUCAUUAUUUUGUUUUACCUGUGGCGCAGAAGGGCUCCCCAGCUCCUAUUCCCUGAAUCCUCCUCCUCCUCCCCUCCUCUUUCUCUCUCCCUCAGUCUGCCGGGCGCUCGCGGAAGCGGCCGGGCCCGGCCCGACCUGAAAGAGAACAGGGCGGGAGGGGGUGGCGGCGGUGACCAGCGGCCACGUGACCACGCUCGCGCCGUAACGGCGGCCGCCUCCCGCCGCGCGCCCUCCCCGCGCUCCACCUCUAAUAACCUCGCAGCCCGCGCGCCUGGGAAGCUCGUGCGCAGGCGCCCGCCCGGGACCUGAAGUCUGCGCGCGAGCGCAACGCGCUCGCUCUCGGGUCCGGGUUUCUGGGGCCCGCGAGGCGCGAGGCGCGAGAAGCGAGUAGGUGGGGAAUGCGCCGCGGGCAGAGCUCUCUUUGGCUGAGCCGGCAGGCUGCUGAGCGCAUGCGCGUGAGGGCUUUUACCCCUCCCUUCUCUCCCUGCUUCCAACCGGCGCGCGGCUGGAGGCUGGGAACCAGCUCCUGGGUCUUAGUCAGAGGUUCACAUCCACCAACUACCUUCCCAGGGUUGGACUGAGAAGGGGAGCAGAGGGUCCCAGGGACUCUCCUGAGAUCCUGGCUCUCCUGCCAAGGAAUUUACAUUUCUUUGUCACAGCAGCUAUCAUUUUUGCCCUUUGUGGGAAGCACCAUGUAGGAUAUCCAACUACUCUGAAACUACCACACUGUGAAGAGUCUAACCAAGCCACCUGGAGAGACCAAAUGGAAGAAAACUAAGGCCCCCGGCCAACAGCCCCAGCUGUGCUCCUACUGGCCAGUCAGCACCAGCCUGUCACGCAUGUGACUGAGACAGUCUUGGAAGUGGAUUUUCAAGCCCUACUCAAGCUGCCGCAGCUGACACCACAUGGAACAGAGAUGAGCUUUUCUCCCCAGUGCCCAAAUAGCAGAAUUGUGGGAAAAUAAAUAAAACAGUUGUAUUAAGCCACUAA